UCCCUGACUUUCCGAAGGAAUUUCACAUCCAGAUGGAAAAGAUGGAGGUGAAGUUUUACUCCAUUUUGGCCCCCGACCUUCUAAAUGUGUCGGUCCAAAGCGAGCCGAAAUCGCAGCCAAAAGCCACAAAUGACGGAGAUCAGGCCCAUGCUGAGUCCUUGUUCCUCCCUAAAUGCUACUUCGCCGCCACCGACCCAAGUUCCAUGGUGUCCGUCAGGGUUAUGGAGAAUCUAAAAAGCCAGGGUUUCUCCAUCAAACCCAACCGCCAAACGCUGAGCCGAGAUGAGAUGCUCCUGACAGUCGGAGCUUUCGCUCAGGCGCACGGCCUGUCGCACCGACUGGAGCUCCGUUUGGGAAAACCCCUUCCCGAGAAGUACGACUGGAUCCAGCCGUUAGAUGCCGUUUUAAAUGAGGCAGGGCUAAAGGCUUUCAUGAACGAGUAUGAAAAGUGCUUGAAGAAAUUCGCAACAGCGUUUCCUGAUCAGGUUGACCUUGUAGCUCGCCUUGAAAAGCUUCAGGAAAACUCCAUGAAGUUUCUCGAUGUCUCAAAGAGCCCGAGAAUCAAGGUGCUCAGCCACGGAGACUGCUGGGUCAACAACAUCAUGAUUAAGUACGAAGGUGACGUCCCGGUUGCUGUGAAGCUGGUGGACUGGCAGGCGAUCAAGCUCUCCCCGCCGACCUAUGACCUGGCCCAGCUGUUCCUGUGCUGUAUGGGUUGGGAUGUCUUCCACAACCACAGGGACGCCAUCCUUGAACACUAUCAUCAGCAACUGCAGAAGACUCUGGGUCCUGGAGAAUCCUCAGGCUUACGGAGCUACACACUGGAGCAGCUGAAGGCAGACUUCCGAGCCGACUGCCGUUACGGGGUGUUCUGCCGCGUCAUGGGCCUGGUGAUCCUGCCUGCCGACCAGGACCUGCUGAAGAUGCUGCAGGAGAUCCAGGAGUGGGGGGUUCUCUAAACAAACUCUGCAAACGGAUGGACUUUAUUGGUCCAUAGAUGUACAAGGCUCAAUAAGUCAACAACAGUAAAUACGUUUAUAGUAAGAUAACACUACUAAUCGUAAGUUAACCUUUAUAAAUGUACGUAUUACAAUACUUAGUUCUGUAAUGCAUCUUAUGUAAUUUACACAAUUUACAUGUGUGACACAGUCUACGAGUGGCUCAGUGAGAUCAUGUUCUAUUCUUUGUUCAUCAUUAGUUAUCUUAAAGUUUGUAGUGUAUGAGGAAUUCAUCUGAUGUCUACUUCAAUCAACCCAUCGCAAGACAAACUAUUGGGUCACAGAGAUUUAUGUUUUGUGAUUCUGGGAUUUUGGCAGAACAUUAGUAGAGUGACCAGACAAAAUGAAAAUCAAAAUAGACAUUUUGAGACAAACACUGAUGCUAACACUGUAUUUCCCAGGAUCUCCCCAUGCAUGACACGCAAUAACAUAUUGGUAAGGGUUUAGCUGUUAAAACAUUUUAAUAAGUUCUGAACAACAUACAUGCACCUGCACUUGUAUGGAAUAUGAUGAUAACACUGUAAAUCGCAUUUACUAAUAUAUAGUACUAUCAUUAUCAUCAUCAAAACAUAAUCAGUAUAUAUCUAAAUACCACUGUAUUGAUGUAGUUAAGCUACAACCAUUAGCUAACCUUAGGUAAUAUAAUACUACUAAACUUUAUAAAUCUACAAGUAUCUAUAAAAUUCUUCAACAUUUAGCUUAAUGACACUUUUUAUUAUAGCUGAUGUCUAUGCUACAUGUAUCUGUCAAAACGAUAUCCUUAUUGCUAUGUUAUAGUAACAGUACUUGUAGAUGACCUCCAGUACAAAGAGUCAGGGAUCACUACUAACCAUAAAGAAAGUUUUAAAUAUUUUAGACCUCUUUGUAACCAUGCAUGAUUGGUAUUCUCAGGUUGACUCUGUAUAUCCUAAACCAUAGUCUCAAUAAAUGCAUUAUCCAUACAAAAGAGGUCU